AAAGCACGAUAAGAUGAAGCUCCUGACCAAAUCGCGCCAACUGGCGCAUCGACUCCCUCUCUGCCAAUGCAGAGCCUUCUCACUUUCCCUUUCCCGGCAGUAUGCCUCUGCCAAACCCGCGCCUAAAUCGCCAACCUCCUCGAAAGUGAAAGAGUCGACGAAGACACCGUCGAUGCCGGAAAUGCCCACUCUCGGAGACUUAACUGCCACGAAUAUCUUCGAGAUCGACCGAAAAGAGCGGGCCGAAAUCGAGAAGCAAGAGGUGAAGCCCGACAUAAAUCGGACUGCGAUGAUGGCCGCCACCGAUCCCGAGCCGUGGAAACGCAGACGAUGGGAGCGGAAGAUGGUGAUCCGCGACAUCACGCGACGGGGACGGAUGUCCAAAGGGGAGAUGCUGAAGCGCACCGAACGAGAGCACUCGGCCAAGACCCCAAUGUUGAAGACCAGCACGAAGAAGCUGAUGUUCCUGGCGCGCCAGAUCGCGGGGAAGCCCAUCGAGGAAGCGAUCCUGCAAAUGCGGUUCAGCAAAAAGGGGAAGGCUGUCCACGUCAAGGCGUUCCUCGAGUAUGCCCGCGAUCAAGCCAUCGUGUACAGAGGUAUGGGUCUCGGCAAGGUCGGCGCGGAGGGCGAACCGGCCAAAGAGCCGGCCAAGAUCGUAAUCAAAGAUAAGGACGGCACGCGGCGGAAGAUCGACGACGCGAGCUCGAUAUAUAUUUCCCAGGCGUGGGUUGGUCGGGAGCCUUACGGGACGGAUAUCGAUUACCGGGGUCGUGGACGAGCGUUCCGUCUCCGAUUACCAUACGCAAGACUAUACGUGGUGCUUAAGGAGGAGACCACUCGGAUACGUCUAGCUGCCGAACGACAAAGGAAGAGGGACAAUCGCACAUUAUGGACUCAGCUUCCUGAUCGUCCAGUGACGGGUCAGAGUCAGUACGUGCUGUGGUAGAGAAUUUUUUGAUCAUGCUUGCAUUGUACAAAACUGUUGUAUAUAUGACUGGAGAG